AAGACUACAAACAUCGGGUAUAAAAAUAAGAGGCUUCUCAUGCAUGCUGAUGAUGCCAUGGAGCUUAGAAUGUCAUGGGAAGAAUCACAAGAAUUGCUCCGUCCACCUCCAACUACCCAACCGACCAUUCUUGUGAUUGAGGACUGUGAAUUUGAGGCGUAUGAUGAACCACCAGUCUUUGGGAAGCAGACAAUAUUUACUUCCCGGCCUUCUGGGGACCAGGAACAAUGGGCUCAAUGUGACAGCUGCUCCAAGUGGCGUAGAUUGCCCAUGUAUGUUCUCCUUCCUCCUAAGUGGACUUGUUCAGACAACAUCUGGGACUCAAAUAGAUGUUCCUGUUCGGCUCCUGAGGAGAUUAAAGCAAAGGAACUGAAAGCUUUCUUUAGAGUCAGUAAGGGUUACAAGAGGCAAAAAAUUGCCGGGAAAAAUGAAGAUUGUGAACCUUCUGGAUUAAAUGCCUUAGCAACAGUUGCUGUUUUGGGAGACAACAUUGGCGACCUGGGAGAGCCUUUAGUUGGAGCCACAACAAAACAUCCUCGGCACCGUCCUGGUUGCACUUGUAUUGUUUGCAUUCAGCCUCCAAGUGGAAAGGGCAAGCACCAGCCUACGUGUAAGUGCAACGCCUGCUUGAGUGCCGAACGACGUUUUAAAACCCUCAUGCUGCGUAAGAAGAAAAAACAAUCGGAAAGAGAGGCAAAAGUUGCACAGGCAAAGGAUCAGGUUCCACCUAAAGAUGGAUCAGAAACAGAUGGGGCAAGUGGAGCUGAAUUGAUGAUGCAAACAAGUCAUUCCGAAAACGAAAGAAAUACAAAUGGGGAUAACAUGGAGAAAGUUGGAGCUGGCGAGGGACAGUUGGACCUUAACUGUCAUCCUAAUCGCGAAGAUGAAAUGCUAAUUGAGGCAGCAGCUGGAAUAAGCAUGACAUCUCUUAUUAAUGCUGCUGAUCUUCCACCGGAUAUGUAUCAAACGCAGAAUGGGCUCGCAACCUUGGGCAAGUGUUUGCUGUCACUAGCUACUGCUGAGAGUGAAGGACAGCAACCGGAUAAUGGAUGUGUCAGACCUGCUGAUGCUCUAGUACAGGAGAAUAAUGGUGACAAUGGGUAAUUUCCUGAUUCGGCUCUUUAUCUUUUAAAAAUAUUUUUUGAACCUUGGAAGGGGAGCCUUGCUACAAUGGGGCUGUCAUGUGCCUAGGUGGUCGCGAGUUCAACCCAUAGAAAUAACCUCUUGCAUAUAUGUAAGGUAAGGCUGCAUAUUAUAGAACCAAUGUGGUGCAGUCUUUCCCCAUACCUCGGCAUAGUAAAAGCUUUUUGCACCGGGAUAUCCUUUUUAAAAUGCGUUAUUUAUCUGGUUUUUUCACACAUACGUAUCAUCUAGAUUUACUAAAGUUGUUCUAUGCGUAAAUAGUUGAGCAUUUCAGGGAACAAUUUGUAAAUCUUGAUUCUUUAUGAUCUAAGUGCCUGUCUGGAACUUUUCUGCAGACAUCAUUGAUUUUCA